CUCAGUAGUAAGUAAUAGAAAAAACAAUUAAAUUAACCGGCAGAAAUAAAUUAAUAAUUAUGAUUAAAAUGUUUUUUUAUUCUAGAUACAUAUGUCGUAAAUAUAUUAUUAAUUUAUGACUGGAGAUUAAAUGAAAUAAAUAAGGACUCAAAUAUUCUCUCUGAUUCCAUACUAAAAAAACUAGAUAUAGCGGCAGCAAAUUUAAAUGAGUUACAACAUGUUAAGAUAAAACUGCGUAUUUCCGGAAUAGCUAUUCCACAACGUUCCGAUAUUUUCGACUUACCGGAAACACAGAAAAUGCCUCUAUGGGAAGAACCCUGUUAUCAUUCCAAUAGGAGCUUACACUACCUGAGGGAUUGGUUACUAGAAAAUAAAGACCGAUUUGAAGAUCUCUCAUACGACUUUUAUCUCUUCGUGACCAGCCGAUUUACGUGCGAUGAAGAAAAUGAAUCAGAUAUUGGCCCAGUUCUAGAAUAUGACUGCAAUUCUACUUCUACGUUAGUAAAGUCAUCUGGCGGACUCAUUCAAUAUGACCCAUUCUUUAGCUUGCAUGUUACUCAAAUGAUCGCCGACAGAUUCCAUAUUAAUGAAGAUAAUGUACUCAACUGCGGAUUAGGCCAUAUAAUGGAUUAUGGUAAAAUUGAAACUUGCGUGACCGCGAUAAAUCCUCGGUCGUGGUCAAAUUGUUCACAAUCAGCAUUUCAGUCUCUACCCAGCACGGCUGAAUAUUUAUGUUAUAAAAUGCCAGCUUUCAAGCCAGAUGGUGAAGGAGACAACGAUUAUCAGUAGUCCUACAAC